AUGAACUCACCGCCAGAACAAGGCUCGCCGACGUCGUCGACGCCCUCCACCGUUUCUCCUCCUCCAGAAGAGGUCAAUGUCAGCUCUGAUGCUCAACCUAGUACCACAUCUCAUAUCCUCAACAUGGUGACCUCAACGCUGAGCCCCAGUUCUUCAAAGCGCCGCCUUCCGGGUAGUAGUACGUUUGGUGGUGGAUCCAGCCGUGACACAAAAUCCAGGAGACGUGAAGGCACUCAGAGAUUGAUGGUUGGGGGCUCGGCAGCGUGGGAUACCAAAGAAUCGUCAAAGAAGGAGGACAUGACUGAUGUCCAGACCGUAGAAAUGCUGCGAAAGGAAAUUGGAGAUCCAUUUGAUAUCGUGUUUCCGAAAUAAAUACAAGCUUGUCUCAGCUUCUCGUUUCUGUAUAAUAUAGCUGUACCGCAAUACCACUGAUAUUUAGAGCAACUGUUUUCCCGCGGAAGGCUAGCCACUUUGGUAAUACCCGAAUCCCAUGUGAGUUAAAUGUACAAUUUCUUCAAACGCAACUUCAAGUUUUCAAUGGAUCCAAAUAUCGUCAAAGCCUCUGUACGCGACCGAAUAAUACCAUGUUCGUACUCAAAUGUCUGCCGGACGGCAUGCACUUCAUCAGGCGUCGAUAGGCUAUUGACCAUGGACGUUCUGCUACUCAGAUACCAAGAUACCAAACCUGCGUACAAUGCACGGUAUUUACGAACUAUCAACAUCACCCCGGAUCGAGGAAUCUUCAUGGAUCUCAC